CUCGCAGUGAAACUCACGUGUCACACAGUAAGUGAGUUAAUGGCCGUAAUUGUGCAUUGCUGGGAUAUAUGGGACGAGUCGGAUUUUCAAGAUUUUUACAGAUAAAUGAGUGGGUUAUUAUAGAAAACUCUACAUUCUAUUUUAACUCUGAAAAUGGAAAAACCAAAAUCAGUGAACGUUUGGCUCGGAUCAGAACCUGGAAUCCUAAAAGCCGUUGAUCUUGUCGGAAAAGUUGCAACGAAUUAUUACGAUCAAUCAAAUAUCGGGAAAGAACAGGAAAUUAUUUCAAUGUGUCGGGAGGGUAGUGGCAGCUCUAAGAUUUACACGGGACAUAAAUGUGGCACAAUAAGACAAUUUGACUACAAUACGGGGCAGUUUAACCCCCCAAUUCCAAUCCCCGAAUUUGAUACCUCGUCUGAUGAGUUAGUAAGAAUCUACAAACAUGAUGAAUCCUUCGUUACUUGUACUACAAAAGGAAAUUUCUUGGUUUGGAAAAAUCAAGAAAAUACGUCGGGAAUUAUACAAAACAGUAAUUUAGGGCCUAAUAUCCAUGAUGUUGUCUUUAAUAAAGAUAAAAGUAAGUUUGCCUCCGGUGGUAAAGAAAACGCUUUGAAAGUUUUUGAUUCUGAAAGUUUAGAAAACCCGAUUUUUAAAGCGAAAAAUGUUCCACAUGACUGGUUACAACUCAGAGUCCCUAUUUGGGUCACAGGAAUUCGUUUUUUCGAAAAUUCGUCCAAAAUUGUAACAUGUACCGGGAAAAGUCAAGUUAGAUUGUAUGAUACUGCAGCUGAACAGCGAAGGCCGGUUAUAGAAAUGAAAUUUGAUGAAUAUCCGCUUACUGCUGUCUCUUUGACGCACAACGAGAAUCAAGUCAUAGCUGGAAACACCCGAGGUAUGGUCGGAAUGUUCGACUUACGUAAAAAGGGAUUGGUUCGUUCUUUCAAGGGAUUAGCGGGGGGUGUACGAUGCCUCGAAUGCCACCCUACAUUGGAUUAUAUUGCCUCGUGUGGUCUCGAUAGAUUUUUACGGAUCCAUAAUAUAAACACUGGUAAAUUGGAAUAUAAAGUUUAUUUGAAAGCGAGAUUAAAUUGUCUCAUGUUCAGUGAUCUUGAUUUUAUCGCUGAUGCGCGAAAAGCCGCUGAUGCAGAAAAAGAAGCGGAGCAAACUCGAAAACGUAAAUUUGACAACGAAAUUUUGGAUGGGGAAGAUGACACCUUGUGGCGAAAAAUGAAAACUAUCAAUGACAAUGAUGACUCAGCAAAUUCCGAAAGUGAUGAUGAUGAACAAAAUGAUGAGUCAUCAUAUUCUAGUGAUGAUUCUUCUUAACAAUACCAGACAGUCUACCUUUGUUAGAUUGUUUGCAUGUAUGGUUAUUUGCUGUAAACUGUAACAGCAUUUGUACCAAAUAAAUAUAUGAUUAGCAGAGGCACUAAACCAGGUGUCGGCAACCUUUCGUCGCUCGCGGGCCUAAAUUAAGGUUGCAAGUCAUUAGCGGGCCGCACAUAUUUUUAGAAAGUUGAAAAACCGAACGGAUGGUGCUUUUUAUAAUAAAAAUCAAGCAGUGAUACAUCUCUCGAAUAGGAUAU